AUGUCAAACGCAUGUCAACUGUCGACCACAUGUCAACUGCCAAUUAUUGGUAACUACUGCAUUUCCAGUAAAUGUCUACAAAAUAAUAACGAUACUUGUUCGAAAAACCUGGCAAAUAUCACUUUUCCCUUUUUUCAUCAUCUCUAUAAUCUGCAGUCCAAAAACAGGAGCUAUAGCGGUUUAGGAAAGAAAUAUCAACAUAUACUGAUUCAAAAUAGUGGGAUAAGUGCAUAUAAAAUGCAAGUCUGUUUGUUACUGACUGCAGAACUAUAUUGCCAAAAAGUUAGGUGGUAG